CUGCGGUCCCUCUUCUUUCCAUUCACUCUCACUCUUUCGUUACCUUCGUUUCAUUCAUUUCCCAUAACACCCUUUCUCUCUUCAAUUCCAAAUCUCUUCUCCUCCACCAACCAUUUCCACCUUUUUCGCUUCCCUCCUCUUCCAACCACUCAACAAAUACCGAUUUCGCGACUCUCUCUCUCUUUCUUCCUCUUCCUUCUCUUCGAAAUUAAGCUUAGAUAGGGUUAGGUUUUCGGUGAGAAUAUGAGGUUGAGGGAGAACGACGACGGUGGUGAGAAAGAGGAAGUGGUGGAGAAUGAUGUCACCCUGGCCCAAAAUCAAUGGUGUCCGGUGGUCAAUGCGGGGUUUUCGUCGCCCAAGAGACUGGUUGUGGUUGGUUAUGCUCUCACUACUAAAAAGAUUAAGAGCUUUUUACAGCCUAAGCUUGAAGGAUUAGCUAGGAACAAGGGAAUACUAUUCGUGGCUAUUGACCAUAAUAGGCCACUUUCAGAUCAAGGCCCUUUUGAUAUUGUCUUGCAUAAGUUAUCAGGGAAAGAGUGGCGCCAGGUUCUUGAGGAUUAUAGGCAGUCACAUCCUGAGGUUACAGUUUUGGAUCCUCCAGACGCCAUACAACAUUUACGCAGCCGUCAGUAUAUGCUUCAGGCUGUAGCAGAUAUGAACCUUUGUGAUUCAUAUGGCAUUGUGGACGUUCCUCGGCAAUUAGUUAUCAAGAGAGAGGCAUGCGCUAUUCCAGAGUUGGUCAACCAAGCUGGCUUGACUUUACCCCUUGUUGCAAAGCCACUAGUUGCCGAUGGAAGUGCAAAGUCACAUGAAUUAUCCCUUGCUUAUGAGAAGUUUUCCCUUCAAAAACUUGAACCUCCUCUUGUUCUUCAGGAAUUUGUCAAUCAUGGGGGUGUUCUCUUCAAGGUUUAUAUAGUUGGUGAUGCUAUAAAGGUAGUAAGGCGGUUUUCAUUACCUGAUGUUAGCAAGUGGGAACUCUCCAAAGAUGCUGGGAUAUAUAAUUUUCCAAGGGUUUCGUGUGCUGCAGCUUCUGCAGAUGAUGCAGAUCUGGAUCCUACUGUUGCUGAGCUUCCUCCAAGGCCAUUACUAGAGAAACUAGCUAAGGAACUUCGAUGGCGAUUGGGUCUUCGUCUAUUCAACCUGGAUAUUAUCCGUGAAUAUGGAACAAGAGACCACUUUUACGUCAUUGACAUAAAUUACUUCCCUGGAUAUGGCAAAAUGCCUGAGUAUGAACACAUAUUUACUGAUUUCCUGUUGAGCCUGGGGCAGGGGAAGUACAAGAAAAAAUCAGGCUAAAAUAAAUCCUUUUAGCCCUUUGAUUUAUGUCCUCUCACAACGUAAGCAAGUUCGUCUCUAUCGAGUCAGGCUUAUGGGUGUAGGAGAGUAUCUUAGAGUAUUAAUAAUUUUUGCAGUUUUGGUGUUCCAUGGAAGUUCCGGGGAAAAUAAAUAUGAAGAAAUGUGUUUGGGAUCACCGACCUGUACAGAAGAACUGCUGGUACUUGUAUUGUGCGGAAAGUUGUGGUUCCCUUCUAAAGUAAGUAAUGUUGUAGGUUGAUGAGUGAAGGGAUGAAUUUGACGGGAGGUGAGUGGAUGUUGAUAUGACGAUGUUGGAUAAGUAGAAGGAUUUCAAAUGUACUGACCGUUCUUUGCUGUAUAUAGAAGGCCUAAAAUUACUUUACAGUAGGGAAUCUAUAACAAAUGUUACUCCAACUACAUCUUUUUCAUGUUCAAAUUUAAGCCAUGUUGUUCUACAUUUUUAUUACAAUCAUCUUCGUCCA